AACAGAGACUCUGCUCCUUUACACUUCCUGCUGUAACUCACUAUAACAGGAGCAAUUUAUGUGUUUGUGUACAGGAAACAUUUUAUACACAGUGUUUAAUCUGUAAUGCGGUAAAUAGUGAAUAUGAGGAGCAGUGAAAUGUGGACACACUUCAGCUAAAGCAGCUGAGAUGUUUAUAUGAAGAACAGAAAAGGAGUUUAUUAGUUUCUACAGAAAGAGAUAAAGAUGGCCGCUGCAGCAAGCAAUGAGUUUAAACUCAUUGGUCCCGGUGAUAGAGAGAAGUAUAAUCCUUCUGCUGUCACUCUCUCAUGUCGUCUGUCUCCUGAAAUCAGUGCUGUUAACAUGGAGAUCCGGUGGUUUAAGGAGACAGACUGUGUUUGUGUCUAUAAGAACAGACAGGUGACAGAGGGGAGAGGAUACGAGGGCAGAGUGAAUCUGUUCACUCAGGAGUUGGAGAGAGGAAACGUCUCCUUACAGCUGAGAGACUGUAAAAGUUCAGAUAGAGGAAAUUAUCUGUGUCAGGUCACUGAUGGAGACAGAACAGAGGAGAUUACAGUACAGAUGAGGAUUUCAGAAUCGGAGGAGAUGAUGAGACGUGAGUAUAAGAGACUUUUCUCUGAUAGUGAUGUCUUGAUGCUGCAUGAAUAAUAGAUGUAUUGUGCAGAUGAAAUAGAUUACACUGUGCUGUGUGUUCAGACUGCAAUAGCACAUAGAUAUAUGAGCAUCAUGAGCAUAGUGUAGUAACACAACAGACUGUGAUCACUGACAGAACAUUCAUCAUGCUGUUGUCUAGUUUAUCAUUAGUGUUAUAGUAAUGACACUAAAACACUGAGAACCAAAACAACACACAAUGAUCACUAAUAUUGUGCAGCUGGUUUGUUCUGUAGACUGUGUGCUGUGUGUGAAUGAACACAGUCAGAAUGAACACAGUUACACUGCCACAUCCAAUCAGACAGAGCUACAGUGUGAGCUAACAGCUAACGCUAACUAAAACACAAGCUCUUGUUGAAAGUGAGAUGUUUUGCUCUUUUACUUUGUGCUCAGUAACUGUUACAGUCACACUGAUGACAAAUCAACUCCAAUAUACGUAUUUAACACAAUGAAAAUACAACAUGUAGAACAAUUCAUCAUAAACAUUAGUGAAAGUGUGUAGAGUUCUGAGAGAAAGAAUAAAAGUCCACCAGCAUGAGCUCAGAGGUUUUAUCCAAUAGAUAAACACACAGAUACACUUCAAGAACAAAGGAGCAGAUUACAGUUAGAUAAAAAGUAGAUGAUGGACAGAUGAGACAAAG